CAGCGGGCGUAUUUGAACGUUUCAAGUCGUAAAAACAUACAUAACAAUUGGUUUGUUUUUCAAUUAAAAAUGUAAUAUUAGUAGCUGGAUUGCCCAUGUUUGUAUACAUUUCUAUACCUUGUAUGGUCAAGAAAAAAGAUUUUUGUAUACCAGCUGAAAAUAAUGGCGGGAAAGGUGUCACCGUCACUUACAGGUGUUAUGUGGGAAGACGAUCUUCAUCCUUUACCAUCUGUGAAAAUUCCAACGCCAAUUCUACGGCCCUCAUGUCCUCAUGCCUUUGACCCUCUCCUGACUGUCACCCCAGAGAAGAGCAAUCGUUUGGGACAGUGUGUUGGUAAAAGCAACAACGGUAAAAAUGUUGAAAAUAAUAACAAGCAGAAAGGUCACGUUCGAUUUGCAUUGGGGGAUCAAAAACCAAAACACCAAUCUGGAAAAGAUAUUUUUGCUGUGAUCAGAAAUAAUAACACAGAAAAACCUAUAGGAAAAAAGUCAACAGGACGGUACCAUGAUAGUUCAAAUAGACCUAAAACUAUUUUGAAACCAAGGUUACCGACUAGUUCAACCAAUGGAAAUAAAGUUGAAAUUCAAGCAAGUCAUUAUCAACAUGAGGGCCGAAUGGCAUCUUCCUCAUCAAGGUUAGAAAGGCCUAAACUGCAUUCAACUGGUAUGUUGGAGCACAGGCUUCAAAACAUGGAAUUAGAAGUAUUUGAUGCAGAAAGCGCUGUUGCAAGGAUGCUUCAGGAAUCUGAGAGAGUGCGGAAUGAGUUUGUGGAACGAGUCGCUGAAGCAGUAAAUGUGCCUCAGGACUACAAAAAAUAUUCUGGAUUGGUGAGUAUAGAUGUUCCAGCAGAGGGGGUAGUGAACCCUGUUGUUGAGGAAAAGGUCAUUAGGACUAAGAAGAGCAAAAGGAAAGACACGGCGAAGCCAUCAACUGUAAAAAAACAACCAGACAUAAUGGAGUGCUUCCGACCCGACAUGCUGACUGACAUGGCAGACCUGUCAUCCGUCAAUCAUGCCCCUCAUUACGAGGUCACCCCAACAGUUGUGCCAAUUGAAUCUGCGUUCGAUAUUUAUAGACACAUUGAACAAUGGCAGGCCUUAUAGCCAAAGAUAGUGUUUAAUGGUGUCAACCUGGAUUUGUGAGGAUUGUGGCAGCAUCAUGCAUGCACAUUGUUAAAAAUGCAAUCAUCCAGAACAUUUCAUCAUGUGAUUUGCUAGGAAAGUAGAGAUUGAGCUCAAGCCCAUCUGUAUCAUUCUGUGUCUGGUUAAAAUGUUUUUGUAUAUGCAGAGCUAAGAUAAAGUGUAGUGUAUAAACUAUGAUGGCACAUGGAAUGGCCAUAAUAUUGAAAUGUGGGGUAGGGGUUGUUUAAUAUUAAAUUCAAUAUCAAACAUUGCAUGCUGAUGAUUAAAAGUUGAAAAUCUA